CGUUCCGUAUCUGCGUCCGGGGCGGCGUCUCUUGUCCCUCCGCGCGGCCCUUUCCGCGCACGCUCCAGCCGCCUUAGGGUUGACGUGUCCGCUGUUCUUCCGCGGCUCGGCGAGUAGGCGGUGAUGGCGGAUGCCUGGGACGAAAUCAGGCGGUUGGCGGCUGACUUCCAACGGGCGCAGUUCGCCGACGCCACGCAGAGGUUGUCAGAGCGGAACUGCAUUGAGAUUGUGACUAAAUUGAUUGCUCAGAAACAGCUAGAAGUUGUUCACACACUUGAUGGGAAAGAAUAUGUUACUCCAGCCCAAAUUAGUAAAGAAAUGAGAGAUGAACUACAUGUCCGAGGUGGUCGAGUAAACAUUGUUGAUCUGCAACAGGUAAUUAAUGUCGAUCUGACUCAUAUUGAAAAUAGGAUUGGUGACAUUAUUAAAUCAGAAAAACAUGUUCAGCUAGUCCUGGGACAACUGAUAGAUGAGAACUAUUUGGAUCGGUUAGCAGAAGAGGUAAAUGAUAAAUUGCAAGAAAGUGGUCAGGUAACCAUAUCAGAACUGUGUAAAACUUAUGAUCUUCCUGGAAAUUUUCUGACACAGGCACUAACUCAGCGCCUGGGUAGAAUUAUUAAUGGACACAUUGAUCUUGAUAACAGAGGAGUAAUAUUUACUGAAGCUUUUGUAGCUCGACAUAAAGCACGCAUCCGUGGACUGUUCAGUGCUAUUACCCGGCCUACAGCAGUGAAUUCUCUGAUUUCAAAAUACGGAUUUCAAGAGCAGCUUCUUUAUUCUGUGCUUGAAGAACUUGUUAAUAGUGGACGCUUACGAGGCUCUGUGGUUGGUGGAAGACAGGAUAAGGCGGUGUUUAUCCCUGACAUGUACUCCAGAACACAGAGUACUUGGGUGGAUUCCUUUUUUAGGCAGAAUGGCUAUCUCGAAUUUGAUGCUUUGUCCAGACUUGGAAUCCCAGAUGCUGUGAGCUACAUAAAGAAAAGAUACAAGACUACACAACUCUUGUUUCUGAAAGCAGCUUGUGUUGGCCAAGGGCUCGUGGAUCAGGUCGAAGCAUCAGUGGAAGAAGCCAUCAGCUCUGGAACAUGGGUGGAUAUUGCACCUCUGCUACCCAGUUCUUUAUCAGUUGAAGAUGCUGCAAUGUUGCUUCAACAAGUGAUGCGAGCAUUCAGCAAACAGCCUUCAGCUGUAGUCUUUAGCGACACUGUUGUAGUCAGUGAAAAAUUCAUAAAUGACUGUACAGAACUGUUCAAUGAACUGAUGCACCAAAAAGCUGAAAAGGAAAUGAAAAAUAAUCCUGUUCAUUUGAUCACUGAAGAAGAUCUGAAACAAGUCUCCAUUUUAGAAAGCAUUAAUACAAGUAAAAAGGAUAAAAAGGAUGAACGAAGAAGGAAAGCAACAGAGGGCAGUGGAAGUGUGAGAGGAGGCGGUGGUAGCAAUGCCAGAGAGUACAAAGUUAAAAAAGUCAAGAAGAAAGGAAGGAAAGAUGAUGAUAGUGAUGAUGAGUCAUCUCACACUGGAAAGAAGAAGCCAGAGAUCACUUUUAUGUUCCAGGAGGAAAUUGAAGAUUUUUUAAGUAAACGCAUACAAGAUGCUCCUGAGGAGUUUAUUUCUGAACUUGCCGAGUAUUUAAUAAAACCUCUGAAUAAAAUUUACCUUGAGGUGGUACGUUCAGUAUUCAUGUCUUCAACAACUUCUGCCUCUGGAACUGGUAGAAAGCGCACAAUCAAGGACUUGCAAGAAGAGGUUUCAAAUCUAUACAAUAAUAUUCGAUUAUUUGAAAAAGGGAUGAAGUUCUUUACAGAUGAUACACAGACUGCUCUUACCAAGCACUUGCUAAAGACAGUCUGUACUGAUGUCACUAAUCUCAUUUUCAACUUCUUAGCUUCGGAUUUAAUGAUGGCAGUUGAGGAUCCUUCAGCCAUUACAAGUGAAGUAAGAAAAAAGAUUUUAAGUAAAUUAUCAGAAGAAACUAAAGUAGCCCUCACAAAACUCCAUAGCUCCCUGAAUGAAAAGAGCAUAGAAGACUUUCUUUCUUGUCUGGAUUCUGCCGCAGAAACUUGUGAUAUUAUGGUAAAAAGGGGAGACAAAAAAAGGGAAAGGCAGAUGCUGUUCCAGCAUCGACAAGCCCUGACUGAACAGCUGAAAGUCACAGAAGACCCUGCUCUUAUUCUGCACCUCACAUCGGUCCUGUUGUUUCAGUCCUCAACCCACAGCAUGCUCCAUGCACCUGGAAGAUGUGUCCCGCAGAUCAUUGCUUUUCUUAAUAGUAAAAUUCCAGAGGACCAGCACACUCUUUUGUUAAAGUAUCAAGGUUUGGUUGUUAAGCAUUUAGUUAAUCAAAAUAAGAAGACUGGGCAGGGAGAUGAUCCCUUGAGUGAUGAAUUAGACAAAGAACAAGAAGGUAUCACCAGUACUACUCGUAAAGAGCUUCAAGAACUUUCUUCAUCCAUUAAAGACCUUGUUCUCAAAUCUAGAAAAUCAUCUGUGACAGAAGAGUAAUGAUCUUAAUUUACUUUUGCCAUUUAGUAAACAUUUUUUUCCCAAAAUUAUUGGUGAGUGGUUAUAAAAAAUAUUCACUUUACAAUCCCCAGUGCCCUCAUAGCCACUCACACACAUACAAUUUAGUUAAAACAGUGGUGUUAUUUUUAAUGUAAAUCUUUUAAAAAUUUGAAUUUUUGUAAAUUGAGUUCUCCUUCGAACCUUUCUUUUUGACAUUAUAAUUCUAAAAAUUAUGUUUUAGGUUUAUUUUUGUUCCAGAUGCUGAGUGAAGAAUAAAUUUUCUGAUAUCUUUCAUUUCUAGUAUAGAGCUCAUUCGACAUGUUAUUAGAUUUCAAGUAACAUCAUUAUAUUUAUGCAUAUUAAAGAGAAACAUAAAAUGUGGUCAUAUUUUUAAAAAAAGAAAAACCCGUUGGUGUCAAAAAUGAAAAUCGUGUAUUUUAUUUUAAAAUUAAUAGAGAAUGCUUUAAACCUAAUAUACAGAAAUUUGCAAAACAUAUAUUUUUUUUUAUUAUAAGCCCUCGCUCUAUUUCUGGCAGAUAGAGGGCCAC